ACGCUUUCAAACUCUCUCACGUCGGCUAAAGGCGACGUAUAGCUCAGCUAAAAAAUAUGAUAUUUUAGCGUCGUAAAGAAUGACUGAUAUUUUAAAACUAGUAUUUCGGACCUUUGUUUCACGAACGGAGUCGGUAAAGAAUUCCGAACGCGUUUCUCCAUCGUCAACAGCAUGCAGCGCCCUGGUGGUCGGGGAGCGAAGCCUCAGCCGCUCUUUGCUGUUGCUCGCUGCGGUAACAGCCGCCUCCGAACUGGGGAUGAACGUGAUCUUCUUCACCCAAACUCAAAUCCAGAGCCUGCCAGUCUCUCUACAGACGUGCAUUCCCAGCCUCAGCCCAGAAAGCCUGAAGAAAAUCAAGUUUUCGUAUCCAAAGACAAUGGUGGAGCUGCGGCAUCAGGUGGCCUCCCUUCAUGAGUCACCCAACACAUCUCCCACACCUCCAUCACUGAUCAUAGUUGACAGGUUGGAGGGCUACCUGCGAGGUCCAGGAGAAGGAUGCAGCUGCAGUAGAUUUCACCAGGGGGAGCAGUCUUGCAUUGCACAUGUGUCUGCACUGCUGCAUGACACAGCUGCAUUUCUCACACAAGAUUUGGUGAGAAAGGCCUCAGGCUUAGCCCCCUGCCGAGUCAUUGCCGCAUUCCAGCCAGACUUUGGGGUGGCGCAAACUGUUAGGGAACCCUCAGCCCAAGACCCCAUCCUUGCCGUCCUCGAUCGUUAUUUCCAGGUAAGGUGUACUUUGGACCGAGACGAAAGCUAUAGAGCUGCAGCCACCGGACUGCAAGAGGUGUGGCAUGUUUACCUUUCUGGGACUGGCAUUACUGAAGCCACUUGCACCAAGGAUUGUAAGGACAAGCUUCCCAGUGUAGCCCAAGAGUGGCAGUUAAACAUUUUGCAAAAUGGCCUCUUGGAGUUUACAUUGGUUUGAAUUUGUAUUCACGUUUGUUU